GGCUUAAGGAUGAAUUUAAUAGCUUUGGUGCUAUUUUGUAAUUUUGUCUUGAGAAAUCUAUUGAAUAUGUAGAAAUUAUUAAGAGCUGGUAUUUCAAACUUAUAAACUUCAAAUUCUGGUUCCGCCUGUGUUCCACAUUGAAAAUUGUUGCAUUCAGUUGAACUCAAUUAAUUUAAGGUGCAUAGUAGUCCCGUAAAAGGGGGGAUUGAAUAAAAAAGAAACAAACAAGAUGCAAAAGUUUAGAGAGAGUAGAGUGUAUUUGUUUGGCCGUGAGAAUUUUUUCACUUUUUUUUUUUUAAAUUACUUCAUGAAUACAACUCCAAGUUGAUGUUUGGCCAUGAAAAUUCCAAAUACAACUUGGAGAUGUAUUUGGAAAAAAUGAAAAACAAGAAAAAGUUGUUUUCACUUUUUCUUCAUCUUCAUUUUGUCAUGACAAUUAAAAACCAACUCCAAUUAUAUUUACGGACAAACACAAUUCAAACUUCAGCUCCAACUUUAAAAAUUUUAGUUUUUCAUGGCCAAAUACUAACCACUUAUUUUUGCCUCGAGGUAAAGCAGCUGUUUUCAAAAGACAUUGGUUCAAGUAUUGCAUUUUAGAGUAAUAUGAAAAAGGAUAGAUGGAACAUAAUAAAAAGACAGCAACAUCCUAGUGCACCAAAGCUCUUGCUAUCCGUGGGUGGGAAGGGCUGUUUUGCAUCUUGCUGCGUCAACUAAGCAAUACGAGGAAAGUAUCUCCGGUAUCUUCAUUAUAGCUCUUUUAAUCUUGCAUCUUGAUUUUUGACUUUCAAGUUAGAAAUGAAUCUUCAGGUUGUUGAUCUAUUGGUCAACGAAAAUGUUGUCCCUAAGGGCAUAAUAAAAGUAAGAGACACCCUUCUUGUGAUACCCAUUAUCAAGCAGGUGGAAUUUGGCAGGAUACUUACUGGCCUGGCGACACUAACAACAGUAGUAAUGGCAAAAUGUCCUCGCCACAUAUCGCAGGACGGUCGGUGACGGGUACCAACAAUCCAAUUUCCUAUGGCUUGUUCUUGGUUUUCAAUUCAACUCCAUUGGAUUUUUCGUAUCCCUCCACACGAUAGAUUUCCCAACUAUGGGAUUUCCUUUGCAAUUAGAACUGCAAGUGUCACUUGUUGCCUUGACAAUAGCCUACGAUACUGUGAUGUCUGCCAUAACGCCUAACCAGGGAAUUUCUCGCUUCUUUUUAUCUUUUCCAUAGUCUUUCCAGUACUGUUGCCUUUCAUUACAAUGUUGUUGAUAAACUAUUGCUAGAUACCUAUAUUCUUAUCAAGAUCCAUAAACUUUGUUGAGAACCUUAUUUUUGUGUAGGUUCUCUUCUUUUGGCGUUCCCCCAAAUGUGAAUAAAAUUAUUUACCUUAUAAAAAAAAAUUAGACUGUCCAGCUACUUGAACAUCUUCCUGUAUUUUGUUCUUCUUUUGAGGUUCAAUCAGGAUGAAUUGGGAUUCUAAAUUAAAAAUUGUUCUAUAAGAUUUGUUAAAAUCUCUUUUUACUUAAAUCACUUUCAGGUAUUUUUCUUCCAAUCAGCCUAUUUAAUUGAUGGCAAUGAAAAAUGAACUCAUGGAUAAAUUUCAUACUGAUACAAACUAAAAGAUCCUAGUGAAUUUACUUAUAAAUGGUCUUACAUGUUUAACUACAACAACAUAUCCAAUAUAUUUCCACAUAGUGGGGUCUGGGAGCAGUAGAAUAUACUCAGUCCAUACCACUACCUUAGGUAGAGAGGUUGCUUCCGAUAGACCAAACAUACUCCGGCUCAUGGUCUUAUAUGUUUAGAAUUUUAUAUUACGUACAGUUCGAUUCUAUUACAUAAAAUAUUGCACUAUUACUGUCAAACUUGGCUUGUCCCUACUAAUCUUGACGUGUUGUUUUUCUCGACUCUUCCAUAUUAUUUUAUUAUACAGACUCUCAAAUGAAGAUCAACCUGUGUCAGGUCUGAAUUCAGCACUGAACAUUGUCCUGAAUAAUAUAUUCUAAAUUAUCAUUGACUUUGAAUUUGCUAACCACCUUGAAUAUUAGGAUUACUCUGUUCAAAUAUUAGUUGCAGUAGUCAAUUGUUUCUCAGAACUCCAUCCAAAGGUGUAGCGUAGUGGUCAUUGAAGUGGAUGAAAAUCACGGAAGACCAAAAUUCUGAGCAGAUUCAAAAAAGGCUAAGAGAUUUUUGUAUGGAGACUGAAACUUUGAACUAAAUGGGGACAUAACAAUAUAUAAACUGAAAAAGGAGACUACCAGGAUUUUCUAUUAUCUUCUUGAUCAUAUUUUUGCCUCAAUGAAACUUAUUUUAUUAUACACAGCUGGUAAUUGAGGAAUAUUAUAUUCUUUUUAUAGUUGAAAUUUGGAUAUGAAGAUUGUGGAGGUCAACUCUUUUGUUUCUCCUUCCUACAAAAGUUAAAUUUCAUGAUCUUCAGAUUUGAGAUAUUCCAUAGUGCUGAGCUCAACUUCAUGAAAGGAGUUCAUAAAGUAACUCAGUCUAUAUACCACGUGGAACUAAAGCCUGCAGAUUGAGUUUUAGAAUUCCUUUUAUUCUUUGGUAGAAGUAAUGGACAGAAGGCUGUGGGAGGCUGCUAAAAAAGGAGAUGUUGAUCAGUUGCAAAGUUUGGUCAAAGAAGAUCCAGUUGUUCUCAGGGCCGUUUCAUUAGCAGAACUAAACCAGGACGGUUUCAGCCCUUUGCAUAUUGCGUCAGCAAAUGGGGAUACAGAGAUUGUGAAGCAGCUCUUGAGCAUUGAUCGUAGUAAUCUAUGCCUUCUCAAGGGAAAGGACAGAAGAAUUCCUCUUCACUAUGCAGUAAUCAAAGGCAAAAAACAUGUCAUGAGAGAGCUUCUUGUGGCUUGUCCAGAUUCUGCUGCAGAAGUGACUGCUCGUGGAGAGACUUGCCUUCAUUUAGCCGUCAAGAAUCAUCAGUUUGAAGCAUUUCAACUAUUACUUGAGAAUCUCAAGGAAUUUAACAAGUAUGAUCUUUUAAACAAGAAGGAUAUCCGAGGAAACACUGUUUUGCAUCUUGCUGUGUCAACUAUGCAAUAUGAGGUUGUUGAUCUAUUGCUCGAUGAAAAUGUUGUUGCUAAGGGCACAAUUGAGAUAAGUUCUUUGAACAAGAGAGGCCUUACACCUUUGGAGGUACUACUUGAAGAAUCUGGAGAUAGAGAUAUUGAGGAAAUUCUAAGAGCAUCUGGUGCUGUAACUGCUAAAAACUUGCAAUCUUUGCAACAAGAAGCUUUGCCACAAUCUUAUGUUGUUCAAGUUCAAGUUCCGUCAAAUGAACAAUCCAGCGGGGAGCUAAGAAGGGAGGGGCCUCGAUCUCGUUCUAGGAAGCUUCAGGAUUUCUUCAAGUACAAUAAAACCAAAGAUCCUCCAGGAAAAGUAAGAGACACCCUUCUUGUGAUAGCAAUUCUAAUUGCAACAGCAACUUAUCAAACAGUGCUAAGUCCACCAGGAGGUGUUUGGCAGGACAAUCAUUGGCCUGAUGACAAAAACAGGAUCAGUACUGAUGGCAUAAUGUCCUUGCGACGUAUUGCAGGACAAUCCGUGAUGGGAACCAAUAAUCCGAUUUCCUAUGGCUUGUUCUUGGUUUUCAACUCCAUUGGAUUUUUCGUGUCCCUUCACACAAUAAAUUUCCUGACAAUAGGAUUUCCUUUGCAAUUAGAACUGCAAGUCUCACUUGUUGCCUUGACAAUAACCUAUGAUACUGUGAUGUCCGCAAUAACGCCUGACCGGGGAAUUUCUCUCUUCUUUACUGUCUUUUCCAUAGUCUUUCCAGUUUUCUUGCCUCAGAUUACAAUGUUGUUGAGAAACCAUUGCAAGAAACCGAAAUUUCUUACCAAGAUUUAUGCGUUGUUCGAUAGUUGAACAUCUUCCUUUAUUUUGUUCCUUUUUUGAGGUUCAAUCUGGAUGUAUUGAAAUUAAAAAAGAAACUUGUUACUGAGAUUAAUUUGGAAUCUCUUCUACAGUAUUGCUUUUA